GAACGAGUGAAGUCUCUGACGCCCGAGGAGGCGGCACUGCCUGGUAGCUCCGGGCUGCCCCCGGGGAGCCGUGGGCGAGGCAGGGCAAGGCGGGGGCCAGCGGGGACCCUCCCGGUCCGCCCCGUCCCGUCCCGCCCCCGGUUACGCUCGGUAGCAGGGCCGGGCUCGGAGCUCGGGAAGCUGUAGCCUCGACCGCAGGGGUGAAUGCCGGACACCGGGUCCGGCUGCCCUCUCACCCUCCGCCCCCCUCCCCGACUCCAGCGAUGUAGCCGUCGGAAGGGACGCAGCCGAGCAGGCCGCCCCCCGCCGCCCGCUUUUGCCCGAGCCCCGACCAUGGAGCCGGCCGACGCGGUCCUCGUCCUCCACUACAACUACACCGGCAAGCUGCGCGGUUCCCGCUACCUGUCCGGGGAGGGGGUGCGCGCCGAGGCGGCGGCCUUCCUGGCCAUGUGCGCGCUGAUCGUCGUCGCCAACCUGGCCGUGCUGCUGGCCCUGUGGCGCCACCGCCGGCUCCGCGCGCCCGCCUACCUGCUCCUGGGCAGCUUGACCCUGUCGGACCUGCUGGCGGGCGCCGCCUACGCCGCCAACCUCCUGCUCUCCGGCGCGCGCACCCUGCGCCUCUCCCCCGCGCUCUGGUUCGCGCGCGAGGGGGGCGUGGCCGUGGCCCUCGCCGCGUCGGUGCUCAGCUUGCUGGCCAUAGCGCUGGAGCGCCACGCGACCAUGGCCCGCAGGACCCCCGCGCGCCCCCCCCGGACGGGGGGCGGCUGCCGGGGAGGGAGGGCUCGCGCGCUGCGGCUCGCGGCGGCCGCCUGGGCGGCGUCGCUGGGCCUAGGCGCCUUGCCGGCCCUCGGGUGGAACUGCAUGGGCCACCUGGCCUCCUGCUCCACGGUGCUGCCGCUCUUCGCCCGGGCCUACGUCCUCUUCUGCGUGCUGGUCUUCUCGGCCGCCCUGGCCGCCGUCCUGGCCCUCUACCUGCGCAUCUACCGGCUCGUGCGCUCCCACGCGCCCGCGCGCCCGCCCGCGCGCCGCCUGCACCCCCGGUCCCUAGCGCUGCUGCGCACGGUGGCCGUGGUGCUCGGCGCCUUCACCGCCUGCUGGCUGCCGCUGUUCUUCCUGCUGCUGGUGGACGUGGCCUGCCCCGGACGGUCCUGCCCGGUGCUCUACCAGGCCGACUACUUCCUGGGCCUGGCCAUGGUCAACUCGCUGCUGAACCCGCUCAUCUACACGCUCACCAGCCGGGACAUGCGCCGCGCCCUGCUGCUCCUCUUGGACCCCUGUUGCGGCCGCCCGCCGCGCUCCUCUUCCGGGAGGGGUGAAGACCGCGCGGGUGGGGUGAGCGACGGGGGUGGAGGAGCGGCCCGUUGCCGGCGGCCCCGCACCCCGGCUGGCAACACCGGGACGUCGCCCCAGCUCGACGGACCGGACACCAGCGGGUCCACCGGCAACCUCACGCCCGUCCCGGCGCCGGAGACCCAAGGCGUCUACUGACCCGGCCUUCGUGACCCUCCCACCUGCUCUCUCUCUCUCUCUCUUUCACACACACACACACACACACACACACACA